AACUUAUUUUAGUACCUAGCGGAUACAUUAACUAAGUACAUCCUGUUUUCAUAUUUACUUUCCAUAUAGAUCGCUUAUUACGCCAAAAAUUGCACACUUAGCUAACUAUUCCGGGUACUACCAACAUUAAUCGUACAUAUAAUAAGAAAACGCACGACCUCCACACAGUGAGUACCUAUAUCAUAUUCAAAAUGUAUACAUACUUGAAGAUUGUCGUACUUUUGAUAACAAUUAAAAGUAGUUUGGGUUUUAUUCACGGCCAUGAAAGACACCUUGUCACCCCUGGCCAGUUUCCCUCAGUGGUGUCAAUUAGCAUUGCUCAGUACGCCCAGCAUUACUGUGGAGGUGUCAUCAUUAGCAAAAAAUGGGUACUAACGGCCGCUCGUUGUGUAACAAAUACGAUCCCCGGAGAGUACCACCUAGUCGUCGGCAGUACCCACCUCAGCAACGGUACUAAAAUCAACAUCACCACCAUCAAAGUGCACCCAGAUUUUGACCAGAAAAAUUUACACAACGACAUUGCUUUGGUAAAACCACAAAAAGAAUUCACUUUUGGUGAUAACCUCAAACCCGCUGAGGUGUCAAAAAUUUCAAUCAAUUCCUCAGGCGUGGUUGUCGGAUGGGAUGAAAAUAGAGACGAAGCAGAGUUUAUAAAUGUAAGAAUCUUGUCUUCGGAAGAGUGUGAGAAAUUGGAAGAGGAUGCCAACGAAAGGGAAAAGUCGUCUUCGGGACAAGUGUGUGGAUAUGGAGGUGUGGGUGUCGGACUCUGCUUCGGUGACUGGGGAAACCCUUUAAUGGUCGAAGGGAAACUCGUAGCCCUUGCUUCAUACAGCGUGGAGUCUUGUGGUUUAGGCUUUCCAGAUAUGUACACCGACGUAUCGUACCACUGGGACUGGAUUAAAAAGAACAUGUAAAAACCA